UCUCACCAGCGCACUUGGCGAGCUGGAGAGGUGAGCGCGAUCCUGCGAGCGGGCGCGCGGCGGCGAGUCCAGAGCCCGCCGGCAGAGCGGAGGCGCGGACAGACGGACCCUCCUCUGCUCUCCCGCCCCCGCCUCCGCCGGUGGCCGGCCGGCCUGGCACUCCGCGCUUGCCCCCGCUCCUCCUCCCCCGCCCGGCCGGCGCGCUCCUCCCCGGCCGGCCCCUCGGCGCGCGGCGCGCUGGAGGCGAACGCGGGCUGAGCCGAGCGCAGUGGCCGCCGACCCCCGAGCGCCUCGCGCCGCUCCCUGCAUGUGCGGCCCGCGGCGGCUCGCAGCCCCCGGCAGCAGCCUCGGCAGCUUCGGCGGCGCCUCGAGAGGCGGCCGCAGCGGCUCCAGCGGCGGCCGAGCGACCGAGCCCGAGCUGGGAGACACCAUGCGCCGCGUCCUCCGGCUGCUCCUCGGCUGCUUCCUCACCGAGCUGUGCGCCCGCGUGUGCCGGGCGCAGGAGCGAGCAGGGCACGGGCAGCCGGCGCAACUGGGCGGCGUAGUGGUGCUAGCGGGGGGCAACCGCUCCGGGGCAGCCUCCGGAGAAGCCGGCGAGGGCGCGGGGGUCUCGGACGCGCCCCCGACUCGGGCGCCCACGCCGGACUUCUGCCGGGGCUACUUCGAUGUCAUGGGCCAGUGGGACCCGCCGUUCAACUGCAGCUCGGGCGACUUCAUCUUCUGCUGCGGGACUUGUGGCUUCCGGUUCUGCUGCACAUUUAAGAAGCGGCGACUGAACCAGAGCACCUGCACCAACUACGACACGCCGCUCUGGCUCAACACGGGCAAGCCCCCUGCGCGCAAGGACGACCCCCUGCACGACCCCACCAAGGACAAGACUAACCUCAUCGUCUACAUCAUCUGCGGGGUGGUGGCCGUCAUGGUGCUCGUGGGCAUCUUCACCAAGCUGGGGCUGGAGAAAGCGCACCGGCCCCAAAGGGAGCACAUGUCCAGGGCUCUUGCAGAUGUCAUGAGGCCCCAGGGCCACUGCAACACUGACCACAUGGAGAGAGACCUGAACAUUGUUGUCCACGUCCAGCAUUAUGAGAACAUGGACACGAGGGCCCCCAUAAAUAACCUUCAUGCCACCCAGAUGAACAACGCAGUCCCCACUUCCCCGCUGCUCCAGCAGAUGGGCCAUCCGCAUUCCUACCCCAACCUGGGCCAGAUCUCCAACCCCUACGAACAGCAGCCGCCGGGCAAAGAACUCAACAAGUACGCCUCCUUAAAGGCAGUCGGAAGUUGUGAUGGUGACUGGGCGGUGGCGACACUUAAGUCACCCAAAGCCGACAAAGUCAACGAUGACUUCUACUCCAAGCGACGACAUCUGGCUGAGCUAGCUGCUAAGGGCAACCUACCUCUGCAUCCGGUAAGAGUGGAGGACGAGCCUCGAGCCUUCAGCCCUGACCACGGCCCCGCCAAGCAGAACGGACAGAAGUCUCGCACCAAUAAGAUGCCCCCACAUCCCCUGGCCUACAACUCCACCACCAACUUUAAGAGCUGGGACCCCAACGAGCAGUCUCUCCGGCGGCAGGCUUAUGGCAACAAGGGCAAGCUUGGCACGGCGGAAUCGGGCUCCAGCGACCCCUUGGGAACUCGCACUCAGCACUACCCACCCCCACAGCCGUACUUCAUCACCAACAGCAAAACAGAAGUGACUGUCUGAGCUUUCACUACAGGGAGCAUCCUGGAGACCACACUCAACUGAGAGAGGCAAAAAAUAUCCCAGCCCACACCCCCCUUGUCCUGCCCCCCACACAUGCACCCACAAACUCACUCUUAAUAUGAACCAACUAUAAACCUACCAGUGACAUGGAAUCACGCUUUUCCUGGGUCAUGCCUAACACGUGUCAGCGGGCAGCUGAGGAAGACUGAAGCACGGACAUUCAGCAAUACAGCAAAGGGGAAACUGAGGCACACUCUUGAGCAUUGGGCCCAAGAUGGCUGACUCAUACGUGCAAACCAUGGGGCUAAUUUUCCUCUUCCUUCUAAGUUGAAACUGAAAUCCAUGAUGAAAAAGUAAUAGUAGCACAAUUUAGAGAAAUUGUCCAUUUGAGCACAUAUGCCAUUUGCCGCGCGCUGUUUCUGGGCAGAAGAGCCGGGGUGACGGGUUAGAGAAGGGGAGUGAAGACAAGAGAAGAAUGUGCUUCAGAAGAGGAGUUGUUCUGAAGUUAUAAGGUAUGCACAGCAUAAGCAUUUUCUAAUCCCAAGAAGAAGGAAUGUGGACACAACAUUUUGACAAGUGCAGACGGUAGCUGGAUUCCUAACUAUUUUAUUUACAGUACUUUUCAUAUCAUCCAUGAUGGAAGCAAAAAAUAACAACACACAAACUCACAAAACAACAGACAGACCCUGAACCCACCAACAAUGAUGGGAAGGAAAGAAAAUUUUAGAGAACUCCCAUAAAGACCAUGGAAAUGGGAGGGAUGGGCUUUUAUGGCGGGGAGAGGGUCCGGAGGGUAUUAAAUGAUUUUUUAAAAGAAAAAUAAAAUUAUGAGCCCAAUACAAAACAGACAUGUUCAGCAAAUUAAUUUUUGACCCAAAUCUUCAAGACUUAGGAAAUCAAAAAUGACAUUGACAACAACAAAAAUCCACAGUUGGAAAAGUCUACAGGUGAGACGAGGACCCAGAAGUCUCUGACUUCCUGUGUUUCUUCCUCACCUCUGAGACAGGAAAACAGACCCGGAAACGAGCCCUCUAUUAGCUGUCUGUCCCUGACUUCCCUUCCCCGUUAGCGCGUUGUCGCCGCCGCUGCCAAAUUUCAACUGCUUUGGACUGAAAAUGACUUAAGCGUGGGUGGUGCCUUCGGUGUGUUACUGUUGUUUAAUGACAGUCUUGUUUCCCAAGUGCAACCUGUGUUCUUCUAGCCUCCCUCCCUCCUGUUUUUCUGCAGUAGUAGUAGAAGAUGUUGCCAUCCUUCCUUUUGUUGGUGAGCCCAAGUCAUUAGCACCCUAUGAAGGGGGUAGGGGGCUGCUGCAAUGUCAGGGGUACCUAAGGAAGAUGACUUUCUCCCCAUUUCCCCCAACAAUCAGAAAUCCCCAAGUCCUACCAUAUUCUAGCCCCUAAACCUGUCAGAACAUUUCUGGGUCCCGUAAUUCCUAUGGUCCCUCCACAUCACCUCCCCAGAUACUUCAAUGCCUUCAUCUUCCAUCCAGAAUUUCCUGAGGUUGUCUUUCAGAUUGGUUCUCAUUGUCAAUAGCCCUUGGUUGUCCCAAGAAAGACAGUAUCCUAGUAGUUCUAUUUGUUUGGAAGCCCAAAGAGGAGAGUCGAGGGAGAAGAGAUUUUCAUUUAAGUUGAGCUGUUUUCAACCAGCCCCUACAAGUCGUAGCUAAUUAAAAGGAACCUGCAAGAGAGCGCCCAGCUCCUCUGGUGACAGAAGCUGCAAGUAGUCCCGGCAAACAAGAUUCAGAGCAUUCUCUGGAAUCCUGAACUCCAACAUUGUGCUCUCUCUCAGCCUUGCCUGUCUCUUCAACCUGACAUUAUGGAAUCAGGAUAACCAGGUGUUUAUUCUCUCUCAGUCCCAGCUGAUCCGGGGACACUGGCCAUGUAUUUUAUCUCUCUGGGUCUUUAGUCUCCUUAUCUAUCACAUGGGGCAUUUGGGCUAGAUCGAGCUGUUUGAAACAGCAAAACCUCUGUCCAUUUUUAAAAAUGAAGUCUUACAUAGAACCCAGCAUAUAGGAUCCCCAUUUAAAAAUGGCUCUGUGCUGGAUAAAGUAGGGGUGGGAGAUGUAAUAUCCCACCUUCUCAGGUUCCUUGCCGAGACCCCAGUGCUCCCCAGUGGAGAAAAGCACUCAAACAAUGGGUUUGAUCAGUGUUUCCUUGACCUUGGUUAUUUAUAUAUCUGCAACACACUUUUGGCAUAUCUGUGUAUAAUUUUCAUAACAUUCGUAUUUAAAUUGAUUCACUCUAAUUGUUAAAAGGAAAAUUCCAUGCUAUCAUCACAAAUAGAAAACCAAUAUCAUCUGCCAUAAACAGAAAGUAAGCAUAAAAAUAGUUUCAAAAGCAACAAAGCGACAUUAUGAAAUUCUAACUGGAUACUGUUGCCUCCUGAAGGUCUGAACCUAAAGCCUGGCUCUUUCUCUGUAUUAAAAAGAGAUUAGCAGGUAGUAAAGACGCACCAGCACCCAGUGGACACUGUCCUUGAAGUGAUCAGAUGGACUGAAACGCAAAAGAAAAGGGAACCGCUUCUUAUGUGACCCCGUGUUCAUUAGUGCAAUGUCUAUAUACUACCUAAAAUUACUUUGCAUCCGUGAGUGAUCCAAAGCCCACACUUCAGGAAAUACUGGCUUGGCUUAUCUGUGACAUUCCCUCCAGCUCAGAAGUUGUAUAAAUCUGGUUUCCCUUUUAGCUCAUCUUUGCUCCUCGCCCUUGACCCACUUCAUCUCGCCCUAUCCUAACCCAGAUUAAGGUUCUUUCUUGGUCUCUAAAUGUACAUUAUUUUUUCUUCUCUGUGCUUCUUCUCUUCUGGGUGAGCUUCAUCAGGGAACCUGGCUACUUGGGGUGUGCAGCUAUAGAUUUGGCAGCAAAGGCGCAGCCUGGUCAACAAGAUGUAGCAUGGGUGGCAUUCCCAAGAAAGGUAUGGCAUUUCUCGGCCUCAUUAACUUUGGGAGCUGACCUGAGUGCGGGUGGGUGGGGGGUGCUUUUGGAAAGGAAGAUCUCUAUUCUUAGGCAUCAGGAAGGGUGGACGGGCCUUUCAUAACUGUGGAACUGUCUGUGCUGUGUACCAAGACAAGGAUCUGGUCAAACAAGAAGCGGGUGGGGAGACCAAGAAGAAAGCAACCAGAACAAAACCGAGACUGUCCCCUUCAUCCCAUGCCCUGACCCUAGUCUCGACUUCUUGCCUUUAGCUGCCCACUGACUUCCACCCUAAAGGGACCACUGUCUGACUUCCCUCAGCCUCCAUCCGCCUUGGGCUCCGCCUGGCAUUCCCAUCUAAUUCUCCCCAGUAUUUUUGUGUAAAUGGAGCAUAUUUUAUGUGCGGAUAUUUUAGUAACCGUAUGUUCUGCAAGUAAACCUGUGUUAAUACUUGUCAACAACUGCAGAGUUUAUGAUACCAAUAAUACUUCCUACAAUGAAGAAAAAAAAAACCCACAUUUGUUUGUUUUCUAAGAAUGUUUAUUUGUAAACAUAUGUAUUCACUAUAUUAAUAUGAAUUUCUUA